GCCUAGUCAGUCUGUCAGUACAGUACCGUUCGUUUUUGGAAAACUGGUAAAUAUUUCCAAUUAUUCCAGUUUUUCCGCUUCCCAGUGCAGAAUGACCACAAUCGGUCUGAAGAACUGUUUCACCUGCUUCCGGAGAACGGAAAAUUUCCUGUGCAUCUCGGAACAGGACACGGUCAGCGGUGAAAAUGUGGAAGCAAUUUUUUCCAAACAUUUUUGGUUUACCAAAGAUGACUACAAAAAUCGGAUCGUUUGCACCAGCUGCUGGGAGAAGAUUGACGAAUUCCACAAAUUUUACUGCGAAGUCGAGAAAUUUCAUGCUCCAGAUAUGAUCGUGGAAGUCAAGCUGGAACCCUCGGAUCAAUCACCGGAGGAUGCAUUGUUCAUGUUGGAACAGGAUUCCAUGGGCAAAGACUAUGAUAAAUCAGCAGUUGCCGGAGAGGAAAGUCAGCAUGCUGGCAGUCAACUGUUUGUGGAAGCAGUUUAUCAUUCGGAAGAAGAAAAACCCUUGGACGUUGAGGGAACAAACCCAAAACACAAAAAGAGUGACAAAAAAUCCAACAAUAUUGAAGUUAAGCGAGACGAAUCGAGUGAUGACAGCGACGAAGAUGAUGAUGACGAUGACGGCGAGAGUGACGACGCAGACUACAAACCGAUCGGACAGACAAACCAAUCAGACUCCGAAUCCGAGUCGAAUGUCCCGCUGGCAAGACGUGCGAUCGCCAGACGGACAGGAAAGAAACGUCCGUCGCCAAAGAAAACGGAACGCAAUGACAACUUCACCUGUCACAAGUGCGUAGAAGCACGGACAGAUAAAGGUGAAACGUUCAAAUCGUUCUACUGGUUGAAGCAACAUUUCAAAAAAGUGCACGAUUCGCCCUGUUACAUUUUUUGCUGUAACAAAAAGUGGCCAACGACAAGAAGUUACAAUCUGCAUACAACCUAUCACAGCGGCACUAAGAAAAAUAAGACAAACAGCCUGAGAUGUCUCGACUGUAAACGCUGGUUCAAGGAUCAGGGUUCUUUUGCACAUCACAUGUUUUUAGUGCACACACCCGAGGAGGCCAAACAGUUCAAGUGCGAUCGUUGUUUGAAGGCCUUCGCCGAUGAAGAAAUGCUUAAUAGUCACGUUAAAUGGCACGACGAGGUUGAGCAACGGAAUCAUCACUGUCCGUUGUGUAAUCGGUACUUCAUGGGUGCCGGUAAUUUGGAUAAUCACAAUAUCAGUCAUCACAGCAACAUCAAGGCAAAGGAAAGUUCGACUGCAGUGCAAAACACUGCCGCGGAAAAUGAGGAUGACGACGAUGAUGAUAGCAAUCCGGAGUCGACGGAGAGGGCAACGGAUAAAACUCCGGUCAAGGAAGGUUUGGAAUUUCCACUAAGAAGGAAACGUGGUACACCGGAGGAUAUUGCCGUACAGGAAGCGCUAAUACGGCAGUUUGUUUCCUUCAACUGUACCCGAUGUGAUUUCAUAGGCGAUUCGUUCACAACUUUGGUAUCCCAUUGCAAGAAGGCUCACAAAACAGCCAGUGGGGCUGUAAUUUGCUGUGAGCGACGUUUCGGAAAGCGGUUGCGCUUGUACGAACAUUGUUUGCGUCACCUGAAUCCGGAUCAUUUCAAGUGUGAACUUUGUGGGAAAACGUUCACCGACAGUUACGGACUGCAGCAUCACAACUGGUGGAUUCAUACGCCGGUCUCGGAGCGUCCGUUUAAGUGUGACGUUUGUGGAGAUGCUUUUGUGAAGGAUUACCUGCUGAAGCAGCAUAUGGAGCGACACAUGGAGAAGGAACGGAAGACGCACACCUGUGAUCAGUGCGGACGGACCUACACCACCGGUCAGCAGUUGAAAACUCACAUGCAAACGCAGCACGGUGCGGUGAGCGAUUGGGUGUGCGAUGCUUGUGCCAAAGGGUUCACCCAUCGGGCGCUGUUGGAGCAGCAUCGGCUUACGCAUACCGAGGAGGGUUUGGCGAGCUUGAGGAAACAGUGUGAAAAGUGUAAUAGAUGGUUAACUAACCAUCGAAACUACCAGCGACACAAGCGGCGUUGUUUCAAUAACCGCGGACCAGUUAAGUGUGAAGUUUGUGGAUUGGUAUCAGUCAAUGAAACCGCUUUGAGGUCACACAAUCGCUUACAUCAUUCCAACCGACCGAAAUAUGCAUGCAGUUUCUGCGGGAAGGAGUUCAAAAAGCAAUUACGCUGCAAGGAACAUGAGGCAAACCAUACUGGAGAUGUGCUGUACAGAUGUCCGUUCUGUCCACGAAUGUGUAACUCCAGCUCGAACAUGUAUACCCACAAAAAGACAGCGCAUCCCGAACAGUGGGCGGAAGCGGUUGCUGCCAAAUACUACAAACCACCAAGUACUACAUAGUCUAUUAUAGGAAUAAAAGAGGGAUAAUAUUAGAUUAGGUAAGUACUGCUACAGUUAUCACAUUUUACGAUAGUUUCACAACGUAAUCGAGUAAUAAAGACUUCAGUUUUGGACUUGGAGAAAUUAUA